AUGCAGCCGUCCUCCCUUCCAUCCCUCACCAUAGCUCUGGCCGCUCUUUCUGCCGUGUACGCAGUGGAUCCAUGCGACAUGGGCGCCAUCCAGAGCAGUUUGCUCCCGAACGGCACCAAUUGGCACAAAAGCUGCGCGGCCGCCACGGGCGUCGACGUGUUUUCCAUGGGCACGUUCCCGACGAAGCCCGAGGCGAAGAACAUGACCAUGUCCCGCGACUGUGUCAACUACUUGAACCAGCUGAACCAGCAGGCGAACUCGCUCAUCCAGUGCGAGACGCUCGUGGGCGACCAGCCCAUCGUCUUGGCGGAGCUCCUCACGGACCUGCUCAUGGGCAAGUCGAGCAACAAGACCAAGGAGGUCAGUGGCUCGAGCAGCACGUCCGCUAGCGUCUCGCUGUCGGCGAGCGACUCGGCCAGUGCCUCGGGCUCGGCGUCGGCCAGCGAGGCCCAGAGCGUCUUGGGGUCCGAGGACGCGUCCGCGUCGCAGCAGGAGGAGAGCAGAAGCGCCGAGUCGGGCACGAGUGCGGGCUUUUCCGUGACUGCUUCGCUCUCUGCUGUCGCAGCUGGAGCGACGACUGUGCUCAUUUUUACGCUCUAG